CAGGAAGCGGCUCGAAUUACACCGGGUUUGCUUGGGGGGUGGGAUGACACCCACUGGAGUGAAGGAGGAGGGAAGUGUGCGGCGACGUAAGGAGGAGAAAAAAACCCCAGCAAACCUGACAAAGCUCCCGAGGAACAGUGCGAAGGACGGUCGGCCGGCGAGGGGAAGGAGACGCCAGACACGCUCACUGAUGGAUUCUAUGUCACUUCGCCUCGGACAACUGUCCCCCGUGGACACGUCAACCCCCGCGCUGCCUCCGCAGUAGCUGCAAACUCUCUUUUGUCGCCGGACAAGUGCGCGGCUCGGGAACACUGGGGCAUGUUUUGCGCACUGGAAGAAACUCGGUGACGGGGAGGAAAGUUUCGGGCUCGGGGGGGACGACGACAGCGGAAUGGGCUCCCGAGCUGUUUUCGAAGGAUAACGCGUGUAAAGUGGGAUUUCUUUGCAUGGCGCUGGACUACACUGCCCCUCCGGUUCGGAAUAUACCCUCUGCUCUGAGUCGAUGCCGGUUGAUUGUGGAAUAGAAAGCUGAAAGAAAAGGCAGCGCCUCGUAGAUUCUUUCUUUCUUUUUCUUUUUUUUGGUGCAUUGUGGAGUUGGAGUCGUUCCUCCUUCAGGAUUCAGCUCAUGCUCUCUCCUCCCUUAUCUGUGCAUGCCAAAACACAGAUCUGCACGAUUUCACUCCUCCCUGCCCAGGUGAUUGGGUGAAUUCCAGUGAGUGACAGGCCGACCCGGCUGCAGUUGAUGGUUGGGCGGACCCCCUCAGAUGGGAUCAGUGUCCAGGGGGAGGUGGAGAAGGGGAGUAUGGGGAGCGCUAGCCCCCACUAACGGGAUGGCCUCAUGGGCCUGGCUGCUGGCCGCUGUCCUGCUGUCCCUGCUGACGGUCAGCGUGGCCCGGCCGCCCCUCACCGCCACCAAGGAGGAGGAGGCCACUCUGGAACCUGAAGAGGCAUCGAACAAAUACCAAAUUUCUAAGCCCACGGUGUGCUCAGUGCACCCAGGGGAGUUGCUGAAGCUGAGCUGCCCCCUGCCUGUGACGGGGACCAUCACCUGGACCAAAGACGGCAGCUCUCUGGGCACCAACAACCGCACGCUGAUAGAGCAAGAGGUGCUGCAGAUUCGUGAUGCCACGCCCAAGGAUUCGGGCCUGUACGCCUGCACCAGCGUUGGCAAAGACACGGUCUGCUUCAUAGUGAAUGUCACAGAUGCCAUCUCGUCGGGGGAUGAUGAGGACGAUACUGAGCGAUCAGAGGACGCUGGGGCAGACGGAGAGCAGAUAAGCGCUCCCUAUUGGACCUCAUCAGCAAAGAUGGAGAAGAAGCUACAUGCAGUGCCAGCUGCCAACACAGUCAAGUUCCGCUGUGCUGCAGGAGGCAACCCCCGGCCCAAGCUGCGCUGGCUAAAAAACAGCAGGCCUUUCCGCCAAGAGGACCGCAUGGGAGGGUAUAAGGUGCGAAGCCAGCACUGGACCCUGAUCAUGGAGAGCGUGGUGCCGUCGGACAAGGGCAACUACACCUGCCUGGUGGAGAACGAGUUCGGAGCCAUCAACCACACCUACACCUUGGACGUAGUGGAACGGUCCCCUCACCGGCCCAUUCUCCAGGCAGGUCUUCCGGCCAACACCACUGUUAACGUUGGAGAGGACGCCCGCUUUGUCUGCAAGGUCUACAGCGACGCCCAACCUCACAUCCAGUGGCUGAAACACAUCACUCAGAACGGCAGUCGCUAUGGCCCAGACGGACACCCCUAUGUCCGAGUGCUGAAGACCGCAGGUGUUAACACCACAGAUAAGGAGAUAGAAGUUCUCUACUUGCCCAAUGUAACAUUUGAAGAUGCUGGGGAGUAUACGUGCUUGGCGGGUAAUUCUAUUGGGAUCUCCUAUCACACUGCUUGGUUGACGGUGCUUCCAGCCCUUAAGAAAACUCCAGGGCCCUUUUCCCCAGACUACGUGGAGAUUGCAAUUUACUGCGCGGGUGUCUUCCUCAUCGCCUGCAUGGUGGGCAUCGUGGUGGUGUGCCGCAUGAGGAACACUGCAAAGAAACCGGACUUUGGGGGCCAACCAGCUGUCCACAAACUGAGCAAGCAGAUCCCUCUGCGCCGCCAGGUAACAGUGUCGGCGGACUCAAGCUCCUCCAUGAACUCCAGUACGCCACUGGUACGCAUCACAACACGUCGGAGCUCGGCACACGACGAUCCAAUCCCGGAGUACGACCUUCCCGAGGAUCCCCGAUGGGAGUUUUCCCGAGACAGGUUGACCCUGGGCAAGCCCCUAGGUGAAGGCUGCUUUGGCCAAGUUGUAAUGGCAGAGGCCCUGGGCAUCGAUAAGGACAAACCCAAGGAAGCUGUAACUGUCGCCGUCAAGAUGCUGAAAGAUGACGCCACAGAGAAAGAUUUGUCUGACCUGGUGUCAGAGAUGGAAAUGAUGAAGAUGAUCGGCAAACACAAGAACAUCAUUAAUCUUCUGGGGGCCUGUACACAAGAGGGUCCCCUCUAUGUGAUAGUGGAGUACGCCUCCAAAGGCAACCUUAGGGAGUACCUCCGAGCACGUCGGCCUCCUGGCAUGGAAUACUCGUACGACAUCGCCCGCGUCUCAGACGAACAGCUCACUUUCAAAGAUCUGGUCUCCUGCACUUACCAGGUGGCGCGGGGCAUGGAGUACCUAGCAUCGCAGAAGUGUAUACACAGAGACCUGGCAGCCAGGAACGUCCUGGUCACAGAGAGCAACGUCAUGAAGAUUGCUGACUUUGGCCUGGCCAGAGACGUCCAUAACAUCGACUACUAUAAAAAGACGACCAAUGGUCGUCUCCCGGUAAAAUGGAUGGCUCCAGAGGCGCUGUUUGACCGGGUCUACACACACCAGAGUGAUGUCUGGUCAUUUGGGGUGCUGAUGUGGGAGAUCUUCACCCUAGGGGGCUCACCCUACCCGGGCAUUCCUGUUGAAGAGCUCUUCAAGUUGCUCAAAGAGGGCCAUCGCAUGGACAAGCCUGGCAACUGCACCAACGAGCUGUACAUGAUGAUGAAAGACUGCUGGCAUGCCAUCUCAUCCCAGAGACCCACUUUCAAGCAGCUAGUAGAGGAUCUGGACCGCAUCCUCACCCUGAACACAAACGAGGAGUACCUGGACCUGUGCGCCCCAACCGAGCAGUAUUCCCCCAGCUUCCCCGACACUCGCAGUUCAUGCUCCUCCAGUGACGACUCUGUGUUUUCCCAUGACCCCUUACCGGACGAGCCCUGCCUCGCCAUGUACCAGCACAUCAAUGGAAACGUGAAAACAUGAACCCCAUCCAUCCAACCUCUCUGUCCCAGUCUUACCCCUCAACAUCCCGCGACAACCUCUCUGACAUCCACCGAACCUCCUGCCCCCCCCUCCCAUCACCCCUCUGGCUGCCAGUAGACUGAAGGUGAGCCCAGACGGGACUGGGCUGGUGGAAGCGCUGCUGUCACACACACGCGCGCACACACACACACACACACACUACACACAUCACAUGCUCACAACGAGGUCUAACAGGAGAGGACAGGGACCCUGCAGAAGCUGUUUUUUUACUGACUGAAUGGACUGACGUUCACGGGGACCCCGCCUCCUCCUCCUCCUCCCCCUUCAUGUAAAUACGCAGACUUUUCAUUUUGGUUCUCAUGUUCGCAACCAGAGAGGCAUUCCUUUGUUUGGUGAUCCCAUUCCAGUGGCUGGCAUUCCAAGACUGUUGUUUGCUCCUGGAGGAAUGUAUGGAUCGAUGUGAACUUAAAACAAGGGACGAGAAGAGGAUGACAAAUAGGAAAAGGACUGAGAGACAGAGCUCCGACUAACAAAACAGAGGAAUAGGAGGAGAGCACAUAUAGAAACUACUCUCCUUUUUAUUUUGUAAUAUUGAUGCAUUUCUUUUUCAGUUCUCUUGAUAACCUUCCCAAUUAUUCUGGAGAGAAAAAAAUACACAGUAUAAUGUAUAGUGCUGGGUAUAUUUGUAAAUAUAUUCAAAUAUGUAUAAAUAUAUAUUAUAUAUUUACAAUGAAUUAUUUUUUGUAUGGACUCUGAAAUAACCCCAUCCCUUCCUACCCUACAUUGUGUUUGAGGCAGGAAUGCUAACAAGGUUAUUUGUACUAUAUUUCUCUUCACAAACACACACACACACACACACACACACACACACACACACACACACACACACACACACAGAGACACUCACUCACACAUGCAGUCAUGGAUACACACGUAAACACACACAAACACCUGUCUUACUUUCACUCAGUAACACAGAGUAUUGGCUUUCAGGGACUGAGGUAGCAUGUUAAUUUAUUGACUUAUGUGUUUUUGAAAUGAUUCAAAAAAAAAAGUUUGGAAAAAAGAACAAAAACAAUAUGGCAGAAAUGAUGACAUUAAUGAUGCUGACAAUACAUAAAUAAUCCAUUAAAUUUAUGGUAAUUUAAAAUGAUCUUUCAACAGUAACAGAAAAAGAUAUUUUUAGUAGGUUCGAAAGAUCCAGGUUUUGUAAGUUUUAUAUAUGAAUGUGAACUUUAAGUUAAAUUUUUUAAAAAGUGUACAUUUUAUAGUCAGCUAAUCCCUUUCUUAUGUAGAUGUUGAAACCAUUUCUAUCCAGUCAUUUGGCUCUUUCUUAGCUUUGCUUUGGGAAAAGAAGUUGAUUUCUGGAUAUUUAUGUAUGGUUAAAAGAAAAAAAAAUAGAUUUUGGAAAAACCUACUGGCAAUCCGCUCCCUCAUUUAGACUUAAAUAUAGACUCCAAAUUUACAUGACAGAAUUGAAAGCUGAAAAACAAAGUAUUAAAUCAUUCAAGUGUUUGUUGUUUUUUUUUCUACCGGACCAACAUUAAGAUGUUUUUUUGCAAAUGUUUAUGGCGCAUUUGCGAAAUAAAUGAUGAAAAAAUA